AUGGCUUCGCUUUUGCAGCGCAUCGCUGCUGCUGGCAAAACAUAUGAGGGCAAUGAAGCUGGGUCAAGAGAGGAUCUUAUCAAUCUCAGCCGUGCGCGGAGUUUCUGGGCAGAGUCUGCUAUGUCCGCUCAUAUCCGCCUUGCGGUAGAUGUUCAACUUUUUCAACACUUGAGAGAUUUUGGCGAUAUUGGACUGAGCGCUCAAACCUUGGCUGAGAAGACAGGACUUGAUGUCCUGCUUCUUGGAAGGCUAAUUGAGACAUCUUCAUUCCAUGCCACAGCAUUGAGUAAUGGACUUUCGGAGGAGAUAUACCAACACAGUAUCUCCUUUGGUUACGACGCAGCCAGACCAUCAUUCAACGCAUUCCCAGAAUACUUCAAGAAGAUCGGAUACAAACAGCCUACCUCAUUGACUGAUGGGCCUUUCCAAGACGCGCACAGGACUCAGCUUCCGUUCUUCGACUGGUUGGUUGCCACACCUCCCAACCUCCAGCACUUUGGUUCUUUCAUGGCGGCAUAUCGUGCUGGUAAAGCAAACUGGUAUGAUCCAGGCUUUUACCCCGUAGCCGAUCGUCUUAUCCACGGCUUCGAUUCUAGUAUGAGCGAUAUUCUUCUCGUUGAUGUCGGCGGAGGAGAAGGCCAUGAUAUGACUCUCUUCGCAGCCCAGCAUACUUUUCAUCCCGGUCGUAUCGUCCUCCAGGAUCGGGAACCAGUAAUCGCCAGUGUUGUAGAGACUCUCAAAGCCGACUCUCCAUUCGAAGCGCAAGCCCAUGAUUUCUUUACAACUCAACCUAUUAAAGGCGCUCGUGCUUACUCGUUGCACUCCAUUCUCCACGACUGGGGAGACGAUGACGGAGUUCGUAUCCUGGAGAACUUGAAGCCAGCGUUGAGGCCUGGAUACUCUAGGGUCCUUCUCAAUGAGAUCGUCCUGUCUGAGGAGAACCCCACGCUGGCGGCUGCAUCCAUGGAUAUGAUGAUGCUUGCCCACUUUGCUGUAAGGGAAAGAACUGAGGCAGAUUGGAAGGCAAUUUUGGAGAGGGUGGGCUUGAAAUUCGUCAAGAUCUAUACGUAUCCUGGUGUUGCUGAGAGCGUGAUUGAAGCCGAGUUGGCCUCGUAA